UCCGUCUGGGAAAGUUUGCACUGUUUGGCCAAUCUGAUGACAUAAGCAGGAAAAAACGGCCCAACAACUUUCUGCGGCCGAAACAAACUGGAACGACCUCAACAAGUCCUCUGCGCUGCCUUCUCUCGACCAUCUCCAAUCUUCCCGUUGCUGCCUGCUGCUCGUCGACACAGCAGUAUCCAAUCGUCAAUUGAGAUGUUCUCGAGACUUAUCCGGGCCCGUGGCGUCGCCCAAGUUGGCAGACAGCCCUCGACACAGCUGUUUCGCCGCUCUGUGACCACCGACGCUGCCUCCGCCCAUGCGGAGGAUAUUCCAGUUGUACGCCUCCCAGGCCUACCAAUUGAGCGGAUAUAUGCCGGUAGAAAGAGUGCUAACCAUUCAUUUGCGAGGUUGCAGGAAGAUGACAAGCCCUUCUCAGUCAAGCUCUCCGACGAGAGCUUCGAGACUUACGAGCUCGACCCUCCUCCAUACACCUUGAAGACAACCAAGAAGGAGCUCAAGCAGAUGUACUACGACAUGGUAUCGAUAAGACGUAUGGAGAUGGCCGCAGAUCGACUUUACAAGGAGAAGAAGAUCCGGGGAUUCUGCCACUUGUCGACUGGCCAGGAAGCCGUCGCUACUGGUAUUGAGCAUGCCAUUACCCCAGAUGACAAGCUCAUUACUGCCUACAGAUGCCACGGAUUUGCCAUGAUGCGCGGUGGUACCGUUCGCUCGAUUAUCGGCGAGCUGCUUGGUCGCCGUGAGGGAAUUGCCUACGGGAAGGGAGGAUCGAUGCAUAUGUUUGCUAAAAACUUCUUCGGUGGCAACGGAAUCGUCGGUGCUCAGGUACCCGUUGGCGCUGGUCUUGCCUUUGCACAGCAGUAUAAUGGCGAGGCAAAUACCACCGUCUGUUUGUACGGUGAUGGAGCAUCCAAUCAGGGCCAAGUUUUCGAAGCUUUCAACAUGGCUAAGCUCUGGAACCUCCCCGUCAUGUUUGGCUGCGAGAGUACGUUUCAGAUCGUGUUUUAUCCAUUCUUUAGUAUGUUGUGUUGUGGCCGUAUUAACACUUUUGACUUAUAGACAACAAAUACGGAAUGGGAACCGCUGCCAACCGCUCUUCCGCUCUAACCGACUACUACAAGCGAGGACAGUAUAUCCCCGGUAUCAAGAUCAACGGAAUGGAUGUUCUUGCUAUCAAGGCUGCCGUCCAGUAUGGCCGCGAGUACACUGUCAGCGGCCAGGGUCCUCUUGUCUUCGAAUAUGUCACCUACAGAUACGGUGGUCACUCCAUGUCUGACCCUGGCACCACCUACCGUACCCGUGAGGAAAUUCAGCGCAUGCGCAGCACCAAUGACCCCAUUGCGGGACUCAAGCAGAAGCUUCUUGACUGGAACAUCACCUCCGAAGAUGAGCUCAAGGCCAUUGACAAGGACGCCAGAUCGAUGGUUGACGAAGAAGUUGCUAUUGCCGAGAAGAUGCCUGUUCCAGAUGCUACUCCGCGUAUCUUGUUCGAAGACAUCUACGUCCGUGGCAGCGAGCCCAAAUGGAUGCGUGGCCGCACCGCUGACGAGACCUUCUACUACUAAAUUACGCACCUCCUCACCCUCACACAGCGACUUCUUCCGCUUCCUUUCCUACUUCUCAAUUCCCUUCCCGACCUUCCCUCUAUACACAUUGGGUUGUCGUGGUUCAUCCUGCCUUCUCUCUGUGCUGUAUCACUGAUUCAUUUCUUUAAGUGUGUAAUUUAGAUUCAAAAUAGCGCCCUAUGAACCUUUCCCCGUUUCCUUCCUCACCAUCCAACUACCCCUUUCCCACUUUCUCUAUGCCCCGUUUUUACAUCUUCACCACCAUGAUAUAUACAUCUACCAUCUCAUUACCGUGUACUUUUUUGAUUCUUGACUACCACAUAGCUGCUCAAAUGGGGAUUAGAGCAGGAACAAAUGCUGAAUCAGAUCCUUCCUUGAUCGCUCUUCAAAUCUAUUUCAAUCCUAAUCCUAACCCUGUCCCAUCCAGACCAACCAAGCCACCAGCCAAACCGCUCGCUAACAAUCAACUAAUGUUCCGACAAACAACAAGAGGGUCAAGAAUAAGAGAGAAGAAACGAUGGUAGAAGUGGGCCACAAUACUAAAUUUCCCUGGUCCAAUCUACUCCAUCUGAGCCUGUUCCAAUUCCAGUUCCAAUAUACAAAGAAAAACAUGAUAUAGAAGGGGAAUAAGGAAAGCAAGGAGGAAAGGAAGCAUGACGCAGGAAGCUAGCAAGAAAACAAGGUCUAAUAUCGUCCCCCAUUUUGGCACACGAUCGCAAUCGUGGAAAGCAGUGGUGUGUAGUUUUAUAGGUACAGUUAUCCAUCAUGAUUUUUCAUGGCGUUAGAAUGAAAAAAAACAAGUAUGGAAGUGGAGAGGAAACGGUCGCUAGAAGAACGAGACAAAGCAAUUUGAUCGUAAGAUAUCAAAAGGGGUGAGGAAGGGCGAGGAGAGAAGAGAAGGGGGAAAAAAAAAAAUAGGAAAAAAAAAGAAAAGAUGAAAUCCUAAGGCAAACCAAAGUCCUUCCAAAGAAAUGUAAACCAGACCCUUGAAAGAAAAUAAAUGAAAUACGAUGAUAAGAUAGAUAGCCCCUUUAAUGUAUAACAGUAGAGAUAGAAAAAAGAUCCCGAUGAGUAUAUGGCAUAUAGAUGCAAGAUAGGAGGAAGGAAAGGUAGGAUGAGAGGAAUAGGGGCGGAAUAGAGUAGAGCAGCAAAGCAAAAGGAAACGCCCAAUCCAAGCGGUAAAACCCAGUUUUUUAUCGAGGUAUGAGAGCAGAAAGAGCCACAUUCCAUAUGCAAAGGACAAGGUGAUAGGCGAAUACCAAUAUCACCGGGUAACCAAAAAAAAAAAAAAAAAAAAAAAAAGAACAGUAAGAAAUAUAGAAAUUGGCAUAGUAAGGAACUCAGUCAAAUCAUUUCAUGAAACGCUGGUCAUUCAACAGGCUAAGAAUCAUCUCUUGCGUUCGCUGCACGGAAGUAAUUUUUUCUUCGAGUUGCGAGCGUUCCUUCUCCAACUGCUCACGAAACUCCGCCCGUAGCUCAGUGCGGAUUUGGUCUAUGGCUGAGACCGAUAUAGACUGGGCCACAGCAGAUGCAGCGGCAGAGACAUCAGCCAUAUAAACAUCUGUUAGGUUGCCGUUAGCAGUAGGGGCUCCACUGACGCCGGUGACAGGUACACCCGGGUUAGCUGGAUUGGAGCC